AUGAAUGCGACCGAUUUGUGGGCAAGUGUGCAACGCGAAGCUGCGCUUCUAUCACGUUUUACGAAUGCUGAUGUUAAACUGACGUAUGCAUGUGCUUAUAACGCCGCUUCUAGGGAUGUGCUCGCUAGAGCAACCAGCCCAACGAGACAACGAAGUCUAGCAAGCCCAUUGUCCAGAUCUUCGUCAUCUGCUAGAUGUGAAAUGCCUUCACCAUUAAAUGCUUCUUCCAGCACUACAUCCCAGACUCAAACUUCGACUGCUGUACCCUGUUCACUUCCAAACACAACAUGCUCUGUACGCUGA